CCCCCCCUGCCCUGCGCACACACUCCUCCGUUAACGUAAGCGCCUCGCCCUGCCGCAGGAAGGAAAGCCAGGACUUAAACUGUCUGUGCUGGUGAAUUAGGAAAGCCCUUGCUUGGGCUCAGAGGACGGAUUAUCCCUGCCCUGCUCACUGCAGCAUUUCUGUGCCCUGCUCUGGCCCCUGGUGCGGGGCAGCCACGGCUCCGGGCACGCACGGGGCUUCAGGUCUUUCCUAGGAGACGGGCAGGAGCAACACGGCUUUGGAGCAACCAAAACCCCCCUUUAAGGAAAACUAACAGGCAGGUUCAGGCAGCACUGGGCUUUGUUCCCCCAAGAGUCUUGGAAGGGAUUUAUGAGCUAAGUUGUGCCCCCAGAGAAAUUUAUGCAAUAGCAAAAAAAAAAACCAAACCAAGUGAAAGGCUUCACUUACAAAGAAAAGCUGCUGAGGGGGGCAGCCGCAGCCGUCCCACUGUGCCUGUCCUGGCAAGGAGGGCAAGUGGCCAGCGUGAUGGCCUGCCUGACCAGCCCCAGGCCUCGGGAAGGGGACACCGGCCUCCCCCAGGUGAUUUUUACCAGCCGAAGGUGCCGCGCAGCUGAUCUGGCUGUGCUGCCCAGAGCCCAGGCAAGACAGGCUCCAAACUGCAGCCCGUGGGUCACUACUGGCUCCAGAGAUGCAGAACCAACCCGCACGGGUUCAAACACAAAUCAGGAAUUGUUCCAGAACCAAAGGAGGGAGAAAUCGGGUAUUUUUAGUUUAGCAGCAGCUUCUCCUUUCCAGGGCAGGGACCGAGAACAUGGGACCAUCACUCGGGUGGAAGCGGUGCCUCCGCUCCUCCCCUACCCCCAAAGCCCAUCACACCCGAGCACGACUAAAGCCCCGGCUCUGUUUUGCUCGCCAGAUGCCCAACGCCGCACACCACAUCCAAACACAACCCGCUCGCAGCGGCACGUGCCCCUUCACAGACCCUUUUCCCCUUUGGAGUGGGGAAACGAGCCCUGCGGCAGGUGAUGGAGGGGGAGCCUUAUUACCAUUUCAAACACCGAGGCACCAGGCAGAAAGCCCUGAGCAGACACUGGGGCUGGAACAUGCGCCUGAGAAAAGAGCCAAAGGUAGGGAGGGGGCGGCUGCAGGGAGCAAGGCCACCACACGCCAUGGUGGCAGGCUCUGCUGGCCACCCACAACGCUGCUUCCCACCCAGGUCCUCUGGUUUGAGCAGCAAACCGUAAAGAGACGCACAAAGAGAAGCGUCAGCGUGGUGCCAGCAGAUCCCUGGUUCCAUAAACAGUGGUACAUGAAUAAUGACAUCAAUCCUGAUCUAAACAUCCUCACUGCUUGGAGCAAAGGGUACACCGGGCUGGGGGUGGUGUUGACCAUCCUGGACGAUGGGAUCGAGAAGGAUCAUCCGGACCUGUCUGCCAACUACGACCCCCCUGGCAAGUUACGACUUCAACAGCAACGACCCCACCCUCAGCCCAGGCACAGCACCGGGGACGAGAACCGGCACGGGACACGCUGUGCGGGAGAAGUGGCGGCUGCAGCCAACAACCGAAUCUGUGGAGCUGGUGUCGCCUACAAGGCCAAAGUCGGGGGUGUGCGGAUGCUGGACGGUCCCAUCACGGACGUGGUGGAGGCUCAGGCCCUGAGCCUGUGGCCCCAGCACAUCCACAUCUACAGCGCCAGCUGGGGCCCCGAGGACGACGGGAAGACCGUGGACAGGCCAGGGGUGCUGGCCACAGAGGCCUUCUACAGAGGGGCCACCAAAGGACGAGGUGGCCUCGGCUCCAUCUACAUCUGGGCCUCUGGCAACGGUGGAAUCAACCACAACAACUGCAACGGCUACGCCAACAGCAUCUACACCCUGUCUGUGGGCAGCGUGCUGGCGGGGGGGCAGAGGCCCUGGUACGGCGAGGGCUGCUCCGCCAUCCUCACCACCACCUACAGCAGCAGGACCAGCGGCGAGGAGGCGCAGAUCGUGACCAUCGACCUGCACCACCGCUGCACCGACAAGCACACGGGCACCUCGGCCUCGGCCCCGCUGGCCGCAGGAAUGGUCGCCCUCGCACUGGAGGCCAACCCGGCGCUGACCUGGCGGGACCUGCAGCACCUCGUCCUCGGGAGCUCCCGGCCCGCUCACCUGCAGGCGGAGGACUGGGCCCCGAACGGGGCUGGGCGCUGGGUGAGCCACUACUACGGCUACGGGCUGCUGGUGGAGAUGGCCAAGGCGUGGGCAGGGACUCGCCCCCCGCGGAGGUGUUCGGUCAAGGCCCUUCACACCCCCCGGACCAUCGGCUCCCAGCUCACCGUCUCCACAAACGUCUCCUCCUGCUCCAGGAGGACCAGGCGCAUCCGCGCGCUGGAGCACGUCCAGGUCCAGCUGUCCCUGAGCUACAGCCACAGGGGGGACCUGGAGAUGGCUCUGACCAGCCCCAUGGGGACCACAUCCACACUGGUGAGCGUGCGCCCCUACGACACCAGCCAGGAGGGCUACAAGGACUGGACCUUCAUGUCCACACACUUCUGGGACGAGAACCCUGAGGGGACCUGGACGCUCCAGCUCCAGAACAAGGGUGACGCCGGUAACACAGGUCUGCUGAGCAGCCUCACCCUGCACCUCCACGGCACAGAGGGGCCCAUGGCAGACAGACGCUCGGCAGCCUCUGCCCCGGACGGGUGCCUGAGGCGGGACGCUCGGGGAGCGUGCGAGGGUGAGUCUCAGGGCAGAGGGGUCGGUGCUGGGGCUCCGGGGCAGCCCGGCUCAGGCCUCCCGCCCCCCGCAGCGUGCAGCAGCUCUUUGUACACCCACCGAGGCUCCUGCCUGGCCGUGUGCCCUCCACGCCACUACGGCCACCUCCAGCGAACCGCCGCCAGCGUCACCCGCAUCUGUGCCAGCUGCCACCCCUCCUGCUACACGUGCCAGGGCGCUUCGGCCAACAACUGCACAGCCUGUGCCCCCACCAGCGACACGCUCACCCGCUCCUGCUCCCCUCCGCUGGCCUCCCGCACCCAGGAGGGGCUGCACCGCCGCCUCCUCCCCAUCCUCCUCGGUGGGAGCCUCUCGGCCACCCUCUGUCACGCACUGCCUGGCCUGCUGCGUGUGACACGGAGCAUCUGCUGUCCCCGGGCGGGAAGGACAGCGUGACACCAGCCCAGGCUGGAUCCUUCCCUGCGCUUCCAAAAUAAACUGGUUGUUGCCUUUCCAGGCCUCCCUCUCCCAGGGGUCACUUCCCUUC